AUGGCCAAGCCGCGAUUGAUCAUCCUCAUCCGCCAUGCUCAGUCCGAGGGCAACAAGAACCGCGAUAUACACCAGACAAUCCCUGAUCACCGUGUGAAGCUCACGCAGGAUGGCUGGGCCCAGGCCCAUGAAGCGGGCCGCCGCCUGCGCAAGCUGCUCCGGCCAGACGACACCCUCCACUUCUUCACGUCGCCAUAUCGUCGCACACGAGAGACCACCGAGGGCAUCUUGUCCACCUUGACGUCGGACGACCCCGAGCCCUCGCCGUACCGUCGGUCCAGCAUCAAAGUCUACGAGGAGCCCCGUUUGCGAGAGCAAGAUUUUGGAAAUUUCCAGCCAUGUAGUGCUGAAAUGGAGCGCAUGUGGCAAGAGAGGGCCGACUAUGGCCAUUUCUUCUAUCGUAUACCCAACGGAGAGAGCGCUGCAGAUGCCUACGACCGUGUUAGUGGCUUCAACGAGAGCUUGUGGCGUCAGUUUGGAGAAGAUGACUUUGCCAGCGUAUGCGUCUUGGUCACUCAUGGCCUCAUGUCCCGUGUUUUCCUCAUGAAGUGGUACCAUUUCUCGGUUGAGUAUUUCGAAGACCUUCGAAACGUGAAUCACUGCGAAUUCCUCAUUAUGCGCAAACAAGACAAUAGCAAGUAUCUCUUGGAAAACAAUUUGCGUACCUGGUCAGAACUGCGAAGAGAACGCGAGGAACAACAACUCAAGGAGAAGGAGAAGGAUGCAGAAGGCAAGGCCGACAAGGCCGACAAGACCGACAAAGCUGACAAAGGUACCAAGGACGACGUCAAGUUGGCGCAGACAAAGAGCUUUGUUGUAACACGCCGCUGGGGAGGCUGUCCCAAUGGCUGUAAUCAUGCCGCUCAUUACGAGAGCCACCGAGCGCCAGAGAACCUGCCACAGCAAGUUGAUAAAACCACCCCUGGCAGUAGUGGCACAAAUCUCGCCAUAAGGAGACUGCAGCGACAUAAAUCGACGAAUGGCUCCGAUGAAGGUGAUGCAGACGGCGAGGAAUCGUCAAAGGAAAUUCCAAGAGAAAAGAAAAAGAAGGUCCACAUUGACUUGGCGCGAGCCAUUGACGGGACUGUCUCUUCUCCUGACGGCACGCCCUCCUUCAUCACGGCAGAGGACCGCAUACGCCACAUCAAAGCCACCCACUUGCAUGUUGGCCGAGAUGGUGGUGGUACAUAUUCAGGCCAUCCCUCUAUUGCAGGAAGCGAUUCUGAUGCUUCAGAUGUCGAGACCACGCGCCGUCGCAUGGGCUCCAUAGAUUCUCGCACUCAUCCUGGGACAGGACUGGCUAAUCGCCUUGGAGAUGAACCUGAACCACACAAUACUGCCGCGGACCCCAAGUUGGAGGAUUUAGACGAGGCUGAGAAGGAGGAUAGAAGCAUCAGAGGAAGCGUCUAUUAA